UCAACUACAAAAUAAAUUUAUCUGUGUAUGUCGUUAAAAUUACACACCGUUUCUAAACAUAUCGACUUUUACGACGAAGUGAGAGCAUAUUAUGAAACAUCCUCUGAAAGGCGUUUAAAAUAAACAAGCUACAGUAUUAUUUCGUUUUAUAAUUUGGAUAGUUGAUUUUAAAUAUUUCAUCGUUUACUUUAGUCGUUAUAUAAAAAAGCGUGACUCGUACACAUCUCGUCGAACAACGGGUGAGAGCGAGAAAGUAGUUUCGAGUAAUGGUUCGUUGCAUCCUUUUAAAACUUGGUCGUUAUGGAAACAGAGCGUGGGUUUUCACACAAGGCUAUAUCGGGAACAAGAAAAGGAAGCGAGAAAACAGUUUCGAAUAUUUGAAACACCAAAGCGACAAAUAGUUUGGCUUUAUACCUUCAUAGAUCAUGCUUGUACAAGUCUACGAUUGAAAUGUUUUAACGAAGUUUUAUGUUUGGUUAUUCGUUCCUUUACUUUAUACUUCCGCCUAAUAGUAUAUAUUACCCAUAGUACAAGGUUUCGUUUACAAAAUGAUCAGCUUUGAAUAAUUGAAGAAGGCGAUGAAACGCUCCCAAGCUUUAAAAGGCCUUAGUUUGUUUCGAAGCUUGUAUUCAGGUUUUAUUUUUUGCAGCAGAACAUUGAAAAUUGUAUCAUAAGAAAUAUGAUUCUACUAGAGUUUUUAAACAUAGCAAUGUAGUUUUACGUUGCAAGAUACAAGCGAAUUUUGCAAACGCAUUUUCCGCAAUUCUCUUAAAGUGAUCGAUUGUAGUGUUAUAUCUUAUAUUCAGUCAUUUAUUUUUGUUGUUUUUGCAGUAAAACUUGCUUGGUUACGAGUUAAUAAGAUAAAUAUUUCAUUAGCAAUAAUUUGACAACAAAUUCAGUUAUGAACCCACAGCUGCCCUCGGUACUUGCGCAAGUUCAUGCAUUUGUACUUUCUGCCAAUCCUAAACCGUAUUUGAAUCAAAAUGUGAUGAUGUAUUUCUUCGAUCAGACAAAUACGUGGUGGAGAAUUCAAGUAGAUGUGGCACAGAACCGAAAUUUCCAAGGCCUCAUUGAACAGAUGAACACAGCAACUGGAAACACAAUUCCCACUCUUAAACAAGAUGCUGAAAAUGCGCUUAAUGGUGCCUUUAUGGGCGCUACCAAUGUUCAGACAUCUGUACCUACCGCUUCCAGUGUACAGACAUCGGUACCUACCACUCCCAGCCGGAUAGAAUACAAAAUUGACAACCAAUAUAUUGCUUUCACUUUAAGUGGAACCCCAGAAGUGUUGAUGCAGUACGUAAGCGGAGCGUUUGGACCGGCAGUGGCACAAGACGGUAGAACAAUUAUUGGCGAGACAGGAGUUAUGAAGCAGCACCCCCUUAACACCUGUGUUUAUGGCUUGAUUACGGUUGAUGGCAAUCCACCUUUUAUUCCACCGCUUCCACCAUUUCCACCUCUACAUGAAAUAUUUCACUAUUUUGACUCACUAGGUAUUCCACGAGGUAUUAUCAGAUGGUUCACACACUGCACCAAUAUAGAUGCCUGGAGACAGAGUCGUAUGCAAUGAUUAGUUUUGUAACAAUUACCAAUCCCUUCAGUUAAUUUUUUUUAUGCGGGAAUUGCCUAACAAUUAAUCGCAGUUUAAAAGAAACUGUACAUUAUAAGCAUUAUAGUUCUCGUGUUCACUUAUUCGUGUGUUUUGUUUGUAGUGUGUAUCUCCUGAUUUAA